ACGAGAACUGUUUCGGGCCGGAAGUGGUGAAAGAAGUGCGGAAGGAAAUGAAAAUCGCCACGGCCAAGUGCAACGGCAACAUGCCCAUGAGUGUACCUACGCCCAACAUGGGCUCUUUGAAACUAGCCGCGGCGCCGUCAAGCAUACAUGAGUUUACCGCCGGUGCACACCACCAGCAGAACCAGCACCAGGCCAAGCCGCAAGAGGAGACGCCGUUCAGCAAGACGCAGCCUAGUAGCAUUGACAUAACGAAACUUCAGCAAGCAAUUCUGGCCGGAUAUAACAAGCACCUGCAGCAACAGUCUUCUCAUCAGUCAUACUCGCAGUCAGCAUCUGCGGCAUCGGCUUCGCACCUCCAACCGCAACCGCAACUCCAACAGCAACCACAACCGCAGCAGUACAUCAAACCGUGGACGUCCGCGGGAUCGUCGUCGCCGUUCUUGGACCAACAGUCGUCGUACAUGACCAACGCUCUGUUCUACCCGCCGAACGCGGCACCAAACGCGGGCAAUGACAUGUACCUGCCGAGAAUAUCCACCGUCCCGCAGCAGCCCUACCCCGGACCGUACCCCAUGAUGAACGCCGGUCAGAUGUACCAGCCGUACUAUCAACCGUUCUACCCCACGCACCGGACUUCGAGAGUCGGAGGUUUUGACGUCCGCAACCAGAUGGACACGAUGGCUGCCAAAAUGACCGGAAAAAUCCGAAACGUCACGUGCGUCAUGCAGGAACUUGGUUACCUCAACCAAAACAUGGAACCAGACUACGAAAACAUGAACGACAGAGUGAUGAGGCUACCGAUCGCCGAAGAACUUAAACAAGACAUGGUCGACGGCAUUACGUAUUGCAAGAAGUUUUCGAUGUGCGUACCAGACGAGAGGAAAGACAAGUUCGCCAAAGAGUUAGUGCGGCCGAUGUUCUUUUUCAAAUGCUAUAAACAUAAAAAGUUGGAGUCGUGUAUAAUGAAGGAUAUCAGAGACCGUUACACUGCAGAAGAAUUCGGCGAAGACAACAUGACGUCCGAACGAUCCAUGAGAAGCUCACAGUACUUGGAAGACGAUACUAUUGAACAGACGGUGUUCGAUUACAUUUACGGUGACAAGUCCAUAGACUUAGACGUUUUGCUGUGAGCCGAUACGCAAGUGUUUAUCAACAAAUAGAAAUGCUCAACCGCGUCGUCUGUCACACGAAAAAAAAUCUGUCAUCCGCGUCCUAGAAAGUCAAAUUAUAUACGUUAAAAAGUAUAAUUUUUUUUUCCAUUACGUUUCCUUAAGAUAUAGCCUGUAAGAGAUUAAUUUAUUAUUGUGUACGUUGGUCCUGGUUUUAAAACGCUACUAAAGAUAAUUAAAGUAAAACCAGCAGUGGCGUUUCGAAAUCAGAACGAACUCUCGAUCAGAAUAUUAUUUAUGUAUUUAUUUUAAUUUGUCAAGCUUAUUAUAAUGUAUUUAUAAUGAAUAAUAGUUUAAUAUAAAAAUAUAUUAUAGAAUUUUAUAUACCUAUUAUAUUAUGUAAAUUUUAAUUGUUCACAUUUUCUCCUUUUUUACAAACAUUUUCACAGUAUCAAAUAUUUGAUAUCAGUUGGAUUUGUUGGAUUUAAAAGGAAAUUAUUGAGCAGAUAUAAUAAACAUAUUAUACAUUAAUCAAUAAAUUAUAAACUGUAAAUAAUAAUAGUAAUAAAAAUAAUUUUAUUCAACAAGUAUAAAAGAACAAUUUUUUUCACAUAAUAAUAAUAAUAUUUAUUAUUAUUGUAUUAUUGUUAUGUUUAGUUAAUAAUUUAUUUUUUUAACUUGUAUAAUUUAAACAAUAUUUCGGUGUUCAAUUAUCUCCGUAUAACAUAUUACAUUGAUAGUACAAUAAAUAAAUAGCGCAGAGUAAAAAUAAUUGUCGUACAAAAUGAUUAAACUUGUAAAUAUGAUUAUAAUCAUGCGCGAUUGGACAAGUCGAAAAA